CUCCAGAUUAUAAACAACCACGAGCUAAAUGUAAUUAUUGUGAAAGUUUAUGUAAUGAAAAUAUUGCAAGACGCGAAGGACACUUAAAAGUUUGUGAAGAAAUAAAUCCAGAAAUUAAACAACAAUAUUUUAGUUCCGGUUCUUCUAGUUCUCAACAAAUAACACCGACAGGACCAGCACGAGAGACCCCAAUCAAUGUG